AUGAAAGGUUAUUUUAUCCAAAUUAUAUGUUUUUCCUUUUUAUUAUGUUCAUGUUUUGGAACAUUGACACAAAAUUAUGAACUAAGCGAUAGUUAUGUUCGAGUACUUUUCAGAAAAUGGAUAGAUCGUAAUAAUCGUGACUAUCCAUCAAUUGAAGAAUAUCAAUAUCGAAUGACAAUAUUUAAAGAGAAUUAUAUAAAAAUUUUAAAAAUGAAUGAAAUUUUUGAAGAAGAUAUGUCAUUUGAAGCAAAUAAAUUUGCUGAUAUGACCGAAGAAGAAUUUCAACAGAAAAUCUUAAUGAAAUCUCAACCGCCACCAGUACAUCCUAAAUCAAGAUAUAUUCGUAUACCGGAUGAAAUUAAACAGCAGUUACCAGAUGAAUUCGACUGGCGAACACAAAAAGCAGUUACACCGGUGAAAGAUCAAGGUUCUGUUGGCACAUGUUGGGCAUUCAGUACAGUUCAAAACGUUGAAAGUCAGUGGUUUCUUCGUAAUAAUAAUUCUAUGUUGACAAAUUUAUCGGUAGAACAAGUUGUGGAUUGCGAUGGGAUGCAAAAUCCUGUUACUUCACAAGCGGACUGUGGUGUUUAUGGAGGUUGGCCAUUCUUAGCAUUUCAAUAUUUAAUAGCUCAAGGUGGAAUUGCCAACGAAACAGUUUAUAGUUAUUGCUCUGGAUUAAAAACGCCAUGUGAACCUUGCAAUGCUCCCGGUUAUAAUGACUCAUUAUGUGGACCACCUAUACCAUUUUGUUAUAUUAAAGAUAGCUGCGAAUCAAAACUUGAUGUAACAAAAUUUGUGCCUGGUCUAAAAGUUGUCGACUGGAAAGCAAUUGAAGAAGACGAAGAAACGAUUGCCGCAGCUUUAAUGACUAUCGGUCCUUUAUCAGUUGCACUGAAUGCUGAGAUGCUACAGUUUUAUCAUAAAGGAAUAUUUGAUCCACGAUUAUGUAAUCCAAAAAAUCUAGAUCACGCCGUGUUGCUUGUUGGAUUUGGUAUCGAAGGUAAAAAACCGUACUGGAUCGUGAAAAAUUCAUGGGGUGUGAAGUGGGGCGAAGGGGGUUACUUUCGAAUAUUACGAGGAAAAGGAGUAUGUGGAAUUAAUACACAGGUCACAAGUGCUGUUCUUGAAUAA